CCCAUCCGCCUGGAACAAGUCACCGCAGCCUUACAGUUACAUCGCCCAUCAGAAAUAGGAACCGGCGCCUUUCUGCUUACUGUAUUUGUAUUAAAAUCGGUAGCGUCUGCAAGCCCAGUAUGCCUGUGGGGUAAGAAGCCCAUUCUCCCGGGCACCAGUUUAUAGUCCCGUCCGUCCGCCCGCCUCUACUCUGAUGCCCAUCUCGCCAUUUGGUUUGAGUGCAGUCAACCAACCAUCACAAUGAAGUACUUAUCAACCUUGGCUUGUUUGUUGACGGCUGCUGUCGCUGUCGAUCCUACUGUCGAUCUAGGAUACUCCAAAUACAAAGGAGUCAAGACGGGAGAUGUCACACAGUGGCUAGGAAUCCGCUAUGCUGCUGCGCCGCUAAGUGACUUGCGAUUCAAGAAGCCCGCUGAUCCAGCCAAGACGACGACUGUCCAAGCUGCCAAUAAACAUGGCAAAGUUUGUCUCGGCACCGGCCAAGCACCAAACAACGAUACCUUCAAGUCACACUCCGAAGACUGUCUAUUCCUCGACGUCUACGCCCCGUCGUCUGCGACCUCAAAAUCGAAGCUGCCCGUCUUCUUUUUCAUCCAAGGUGGCGGCUUCGUGUCCAACUCGAAUGCCAACUACAACGGCACUGGUCUUAUCCACGCUGCGGACAAUGGCAUGAUUGUCGUAAACUUCAACUACCGAGUGGGAGUCUUUGGCUUUCUCACCAAUGGAGACAACAUCACUGCUAACAACGGCCUCUGGGACCAAGUCAAGGCGCUCGAGUGGGUACAGAACAACAUUGCCAAGUUUGGCGGCGACCCUCGUCAUGUAGUCAUUGGUGGUGACUCUGCUGGUGCAGCCAGUGUUGCCUACCACCUUACUAGAGGCGGCGGCAAAGACUACGGGUUGUUUGUUGGCGCGGCUGCCGAGUCUGUUUCUUUCUCUACAGUCCUCGAUAUCCCACAGUCCCAGUACCUGUACGAUGGCUACGCAAGCCGUGUCGGAUGCACUGGUCAAGAUAGCCUAGCCUGUCUGCGAUCCAAGACUUCCAAGGAGCUGCAAGCCGCCAAUGUCAACGUCACUCCUCUACCUGGAGCAAAGAAUCCGCAGCUGUUCGCUUGGAACCCCGUCAUUGACAACGAUUUCAUCACUGAGGUGCCAUAUGACGCUUUCCGCAAUGGCCACUUCGUAAAGGUUCCCGUCAUCAUUGGCGACGAUACCAACGGUGGCACAGUCUUCACACCGCGCAAAACAACCACCAUUGACCAGGUGAACACGUUCCUUCAUGACCAGUUCCCACUUCUCACAGACGAUGACCUCGCAGUUAUCGAUGAUCUCUACCCCAACCCUGACGAAUCAGACUGCCCUGAUGAGGGCUGCCGCUGGCGCCAGCUGAGCGAUGCCUACGGCCAGAUGCGCUACAUGUGCCCUGGUCUCACUGUUAAUGACCACUAUGCCCUAUCUGGCAUCAACUCGUCUUGGGCAUACCGCUGGAAUGUCGAAGAUCCUGCCCAGAUGGACGACGGUAUCGGCGUUCCACACACUGUCGAGGUCCAUGCCAUCUUUGGCCCAACAAACACCAACAAUGGUGCCCCCAAGAGCUACUACAGUGGCCAAAAGAAUGCACAUGCUGUUACGGUGGCACAGGCUUACUGGACGAGCUUCAUCAAGACACUUGAUCCCAACACGCACAAGGCUGAUGGAGCAGCAGAGUGGACGACUUGGAGCUGCGAAAAGGAGAGGAUGCUGUUUAACACUGGUGGCGAGACUGCCAUGGAGCCUAUUGCCGCCAAUUUGCAGAAGGCGUGUGACUUUUUCGCAGAGAUUGGUCCACGAAUCCGUCAGUAAGAUGGAAAAUACAUCAAGCUCGUACCUUUCUUUGUGAAUUUAGCAACCUGGAAGCACAUGGAGUUAAUUUGAACAUCCCUGUAGAUAAGUCACGUAUGUAUAUGAAAAAGAAAUGUAAAUGAUCAACAG